ACCCGGUGAACUCCUGUCUCUCCAGAACUCUCCUCAGCAUUCAUCCCUGCAGAUAAACUCCAGCAAUACAUAGAAAUCUCUCAGAAUCAUAAACUUCAGACUCCAAGAUGAUAUUGCUGUUCUUCUUGUUUGGUCUCUCUCUGGCUGCUGUGGCUCCUUCAGACAGACAGGAGAUAAAGCUCCAGCGGGGCGGCUGCCCCCCGUUCUGGUUCAGCUUCAAUGGCCGCUGCUACAAGUACGUCGCCACCUUGAUGACCUGGGCUGAUGCAGAGCAGCACUGCGUGGACCAAGGAGCCAACCUGGUGUCCAUCCACAGUCUGGCAGAAGAGAACUUUGUCAAACUGCUGAUCAGAAACUUUGAUCCCGCUCAGGGAGCCAACUGGAUCGUACUCUCUGACAUUCAUAAGGAUGGAAGAUAUUUCUGGUCUGACGGGUCCAGAUACAACUUCAAGCUGUGGAAUGCAGGAGAACCAAAUAAUAAAGGAGGACCUGAACCGUGUGUGCACACCAACUAUGGCCCAUCGAAAGGAUGGAACGACACACAGUGCAGAGCUAAAUACACUUUUGUUUGUAAAGCUCGUCCGGUUUGCUGAGAAUGUAAUUCGGAAUCUGCUCAGUUGUUUAAAAUGUGUUGAUCAGAAAACAUCAAACUCAACAGGAGUAUUAAGGUUUUUGCAAAAGGUUUUGUGUAAUUUGGUUUUUUUAAAAAUGAUUUUUGACCUUUGUUUAUCAUUGUUUAUAAAUACUCCUUUUUUGUGAAGCUUGCAGAGUUUUCUGAUAUUGCUAUUCCUUACAUGUGCUUAUCAGAUAUAGCAACUGAAAAAAUAAAGCUUUGAAGAAAUUUGACUGAAAUAUGUUUAGAUUUGCCAAAAAACCAAAUGUGUUGAAAGAGAUUAUGAUAGCAAAUGUCUGUUUCAAAGAUGAUAUAAAAUUAUUAACUUGUUUUGAACUUACAUCGGAAUGAACUUCCAAUGUAAUAUGAGGAAGACAAUAUUCUGGAGUGUUUGCAAAACAAUGACAAUGUAACACACUGAGAACUUUGCAAUUUUUGAUUUAUUCAGAAUUUCUUUUAUGUUUAGUAAGGUUAUGAGAACAUAUUAUUGUGCAUAUUCCUACAGUCUGUGAACGAGAAAAAAGAACAUGCAGAAUGCAGCAACUAAAAAUGUGAAAUUUAGGAAGUGCUUGUCAUAUUUCCUGGCCACUAGAGGUCAGUAUCCAUUUAUCUAUUCAGAUUAAUUAUUUUUUGCUUCGGCUUUGCAUUAAAUAAAAUACCCAUUUGCAGACGGUAUUACAGUUUAUGCAUGCAAUAAAAUAUUGUUUACAGAGCAAGAAAAACACACACUGUUCGUUUUACACAGCAGUUUUAAUAAUGAUGUCAUUCCUGCUGAAUGUCAAAAAAUAUAUAUAUUUAUUUUUUAUAUUCAAUUCAGCUCAUUGGGUUUGAUACAUGACCUUUAACUUCCAUGAAGUAGUGUUCAACUAGAAAAACCUGUCACUGAGAAAUGACCAAUCAAAUUAGUAAAAAUUUGCAAAGCGCUUUGAAGACGGCUCCCUUUCUGGAAUAUAAAAGAAAGUAUCAUAUUAACUUCUCCUGUGGAAGCAUACAUCUUUCCAUAGAAACUACUAGAAA